AUGGCGGAGGCGAUACUCAUUGCUGUGUCAAAGAUUGGGACAGUUGUUUUGAAUGAAGCUGUCACAGCUGUGGUACAGAAGCUGUCGAGGAAGGUUGAUGCUCUAAAGGAAUUGCCGGCAAAGGUCAAAAUAAUCGACAUAGAACUGACGACGAUGAAGGAUAUUAUUCAAGAUUUCGGUACAACACAACUCAGCAACAAUGUCAUCAAGGGUUGGAUUGGACAUGUAAGGAAGCUGGCCUACCGUGUCGAGGAUGUAAUUGAUAAGUACUCGUAUGAGGCUCUUAAGCUCAAGGAUGAAGGCUUCCUGCACCGGUACAUCUUCAGAGGUUCACGCCAUAUAAAGGUCUUUAGUAAGAUUGCCGAUGAGGUUGAAGAGAUAGAGAAGGAGAUGCUGCGCAUCAAAGGACUGUCUAAAUUAUGGAGGGACACUGUUCAACCCAUCAAAACUGAUCAUGCAAAGAUUGAUAAGCAGCGGUCUGGGAGCUGCUUUCCAGAACGUUUUAGUGACGAGGAUCUUGUGGGAAUUGAGGAAAACAGGAGUAAGUUGACUGAAUGGCUGACCAGCGAUGAUAAAGAAAGCACGGUGAUAACAAUUUCUGGUAUGGGAGGCUUGGGGAAAACCACGCUUGUGAAGAAUGUGUUUGACCGGGAGAAAACCAACUUCCCUGAUGCUCAUGCUUGGAUUGUGGUGUCCCAGGCCUAUGAUGUGGUUGAUUUGCUGGGGGCAUUGUUCACCAAGAUACAGCACACACAAGAGUCACUGAUGCCACCUAUUCUUAGCGUGGGGGCCAAAGCUGAUGUUUAUGAAUUGAUAGAAGCAAUAAAGAAGAUACUGCAAGGCAAGAAGUGUUUGAUCGUGCUUGAUGAUGUGUGGGACACAGAGGCAUAUACUCAGAUGUGCAAUGCGUUCCAGGGUCUUCAAGGGAGCCGUGUUAUGAUCACAACAAGGAAGGAAGAUGUUGCGGCCCUUGCUCCACCAAGUCGCCGCCUGCUACUCCAGCCAUUGGGCAGUGCCGAGUCGUUCAAGCUCUUUUGCUCAAGGGCUUUCCACAACAGCCCGGAUCAUGAGUGCCCUCCGGAGCUCGAGAAGGUGGCUGCUGAUGUAGUUGAGAGGUGUCAUGGCCUGCCAUUGGCCAUUGUAUCUUCUGGAAGCCUAUUGUCCAAGAAGCAAGCGACAGAGCACGCCUGGAAUCACAUGUACAAUCAUCUCCGAAGCGAGCUGCGGGGGAAUAACCAUGUCCAAGCUGUACUUAAUCUGAGUUACCGUGACUUGCCAGGUGAUCUCAGGAACUGCUUACUGUACUGCAGCUUGUUCCCUGAAGACUAUGCAAUGCCACGGGAGAUCCUUGUGCGCCUGUGGGUUGCUGAAGGAUUCGCGAUGAAGAAAGAAAACAGCACGCCAGAGGAAGUUGCUGAAGGAAAUCUCAUGGAGCUCAUCAGCCGGAAUAUGUUGGAAGUUGUGGAGUGGGAUGAGCUCUCCCGAGUUAGUAAAUGUAAGAUGCACGAUAUUGUUCGUGACCUGGCUCUUGCCGUGGCGAAGGACGAGAAGUUUGGCUCAGCAAAUGAUCCAGGCGAAAUGAUUCUCAUGGAUAAAGAAGUUCGUCGGUUCUCGACAUAUGGUUGGGUAGACACUAAGGCAGCUGCAGGAGUGGAAUUUCCACGCCUCCGUACCAUCUUGUCACUCGCGGCAGCUUCGUCCUCUACCAACAUGCUUUCAUCAGUUUUGUCUGGAUCCAGCUACCUUACUGUUCUCGAGCUUCAAGACUCUGCAAUAACCCAAGUGCCAGCAUCCAUUGGGAAUUUGUUUAAUCUCCGAUACAUUGGCUUAAGGCGUACCAAUGUCCAGUCACUGCCAGACACCAUUUGUAAACUCUCAAACCUCGAGACAUUGGACAUCAAGCAAACAAGAGUAGAAAACCUACCACCAGGAAUUGUAAAGGUUGAGAAGCUGCGACACCUUUUAGCGGACAGGUUUGCUGAUGAGAAGCAGACGGAGUUCCGGUACUUUGUUGGAGUUGAGGCGCCUCAAAUGAUCUCCAACUUUCAAGAACUGCAAACUCUUGAGACCGUUCAUGCCAGCAAAGACUUGUCGCUAGAGCUGAAGAAAAUGAAGAAGCUGCAGACUGUUUGGGUUGAUAACAUCAAUGCAUCUAAUUGUGAUGACCUUUUCAAAACUCUCUCAGAUAUGACCCUGCUUUCGAGCUUACUUCUCUCUGCAUUUGAUGAGAAGGUAACAAUUAGUUUCCAGGCACUCAAGCCAGUUUCUAAAAAUCUCCACAGGCUAAUCAUCAGAGGUGGCUGGGCUGAUGGGACACUCAAGUGCCCAAUAUUUCAGGGCCAUGGGAGGAAUCUCAAGUACUUGGCUCUAAGUUGGUGCAAUCUUGGGAAAGAAGAUCCGCUGCAGUUGUUGGCAUCUCAUCUGCCAGCUCUAACUUAUCUCAGUCUUAACAGGGUGAGUAGUGCAGCAAUAUUGGUCCUUUCUGCAGGGUCCUUUUCUAAGCUGAAGACACUCGUCUUGAAGUGCAUGCCUAAUGUCAAGCAACUGGAGAUUGAAGAGGGUGCCAUUCCACACAUUGAUGGGAUCUACAUUGUGUCGCUCUCGGAGCUGAAUAUGGUCCCUCGUGGCAUUGAAUCCCUUGGAACCCUCAAGAAGCUCUGGAUGCUGGGACUGCACAAGGACUUCAAGGCCCAGUGGAAUUUGAACCAGAUGCACAACAAGAUGAAGCAUGUUCCAGAGCUCCGUUCCUAGCAAAAUACAGCAGUCUACCUCCCUCGGUUAUUAAGAAAUGUAAGGAUUUCUUAUGCAUUGUAAGUGUGCACGCAUUUUAUUGUUUGUCAGGAGUCCUACGGUAGUCUAAUAGU